UCGGCGGGGUGGCUCAGGCGGCCGCGAUGGCCCCCGCCGUGCAGCCCGCCGAGGUCCAGUUCGCUCAGCGGCUGGCGUCCAGCGAGAAGGGCGUCCGCGACCGCGCGGUGAGGAAGCUGCGCCAGUACCUCAGCGUGAAGACGCAGAGCGAGACAGGAGGUUUCAGCCAAGAAGAACUCCUAAAAAUAUGGAAAGGACUCUUCUACUGCAUGUGGGUGCAGGACGAACCCCUUCUGCAGGAGGAGCUAGCGAACUCUAUUUCCCAACUCAUCCAUGUUGUUAACAGCUCAGAGGCUCAGCACCUGUUCAUUCAGACCUUCUGGCAAACCAUGAAUCGAGAAUGGAAGGGAAUAGACAAGCUGCGCCUGGACAAAUACUACAUGCUGAUUCGCCUGGUCCUGAGGCAGUCUUUUGAAGUUCUGAAACGGAAUGGCUGGGAGGAAAGCCGAAUCAAGCUUUUUUUGGAUGUUCUGAUGAAGGAGAUCCUGUGUCCUGAGAGCCAGUCUCCUGAUGGAGUGAGGUUCCAUUUCAUCGAUAUUUAUUUGGACGAACUAUCCAAAGUGGGAGGAAAAGAGCUUUUGGCAGAUCAGAACCUCAAGUUUAUUGACCCAUUCUGCAAAAUUGCUGCCAAGACCAAGGACCACACACUGGUACAGACUAUAGCUAGGGGUGUUUUUGAAGUCAUUGUAGAUCAGUCUCCUCUUGUACCUGAAGACACAGUGGAGGAACAGAAAACCAAAGUGGGUGAUGGUGACCUCUCUGAAGAGGAGACUUUUGAAAACGAGGCAACUUGGAAAAAAGUAGUUAGCAGAAAGAAGACAGCACUGAGCAAAUGCCCCUCCAGGAGAGAUGGAAUCAGUGAUAAAAGAGGAAGAAAGGACUGUGGUACCUUGGAGGACAUGGGGCUACUUCUCCAGUUUGACUAUAAGGCUGUCGCGGACCGACUCUUGGAAAUAACCCACAAGAAAAACAUUCCUCCCUUCAACCGGAAACGUCUCUACAAACUCAUCAAAAAGUUCCAAGGCCUUUCUGAAGGUGGUAUAUCUCAACUCAGUUUUCCUGAGGACAUUGCUGCUGAUGAAGGUGAUCAAGCUCUCAGUCAAAGAAGACAUAAGAAAAAAAGACGUAAGCUCUUAGAGAAAGCUGACUUGGAGAAGGAAACAGGAAACAGAGUCUUUCUUGCUGAGGAAAAGGACAGUGAAGGCCGCAUUCAGAAAAGAAAAAGGAAAAAAAAGAAGAGGAGCCACCCCCAGCCUGAGACUCUGGACCUGAGGGACACAGCCUCACCCUCAGCACAGAGCAGGGGCGGGGAGCCUGAGCCUGCUCAGAGGCAGGUCCCCCAAGUGCGAGCGGCCGAGUCCAGCACCAGGGAGGAGAGCAGCUCGGAGCACCCCGCCUCCGUCCCCACACGUGGCAGGAAGAAUCAGCUGAAGAGAAAGAGCCUGGGCGCACAGGGAGAGAUCCGGGACCCCACAGAGCUGCCUCUGGAGGACAAGGCCCAGAGUGGCCCUGGCAGCAGCCAUCCUCAUGGACCUGCUGCCAGAGGCUCCCCAACAGAUGGAACCCAAGUCCCAAAAAGGAAGAGGAAGCUUGGAGUGCACCCUGUCAAUGGCAGUGGUCAGACCACCUUGCCCCAGUGCAGGAGGCCACAGAAAAAGAAGGCAGAGCCCAGCAGCCUUGACCUCUAUAGUCUGUCCAGUCAGAAGACAAUUUUGAAAAAGAGGAAGAAGAUGAAAGAAAUGUCAAGCUUGAUAGAAUACAACGGAAUACUGGGAUCCAGAGUUAGACAGCUCCAAGCUCUGGAAAGCAGCAGGACUGUUGCCCCUUUGAAGAAGCAGCCACUGAGGACAGAAAAGGAUUUUGUGAAGUUUGACACCCACUUCUUACCAAAGCCCCUCUUCUUCAGAAAAGCCAAGAGCAGUGCUGCCCCUCGCCCUGCAGAGCGAGCCGUCCAGCUGGACAGAACAACCAGCAGCGCCAAGAAGGUCACCUUUGGGUUGAACAGAAAUACCACCGCGGAAUUCAAGAAGACGGACAAGAGUAUCCUGGUCAGCCCCACAGGCCUCUCCCGAGUGGCCUUCAACCCUGAGCAGAGACCCCUCCAUGGAGUGCUGAAGACCCCCACCAGCUCUCCCACCAGCACUCCCCUGGAAACCAAGAAGCCGCUGGCCGCCACUCAAAAGAGAAGGCCAACGGCUGCGGACUUCUUCUGAGAACAGAGUCCCUUUUAAAGACUGCUUUUGUACAGAAUAUUCUAUAAAUUAUAUCUUUGAAAAUA